AUGGAGGAAAACGAGGUGGAGAGCAGUAGCGACGCGACCCCAGGGCCUGGGCGGCCCGAGGAGCCCUCUGAGAGCGGCUUGGGUGUGGGCACCUCGGAAGCAGUGUCAGCAGACAGCAGCGACGCUUGCGCUGCCCCUGGACCCAUAGAGGCCGACGACUCUGGCGUAGGGCAAAGCUCGGACCGCGGCAGCAGCUCUCUGGAGGAAGUAUCUGAGAGCAGUUCGAGCACGGACCCCUUGCCCCAUGGCUACCUCCCAGAUUCGUCUUCUGUGUCCCGGGGCCCGGUAGCGGGGAUGACAGGUGGCCCCCCAGCCCUGGUGCACUCCAGUGCACUCCCAGACCCUGCCAUGCUGGUGUCCGACUGCACAGCGUCUUCCUCAGACCUGGGCUCAGCCAUCGACAAGAUCAUUGAGUCCACCAUUGGGCCGGACCUCAUCCAGAGCUGCAUCACUGUGACCAGUGCUGAGGAUGGCGGGGUUGAGACCACACGCUUCCUGAUCCUUCAGGGCCCAGAUGAUGGAGCCCCCCUGGCAUCACCAAUGUCCAGUUCCACCCUGGCCCAUAGCCUGGCAGCCAUCGAGGCCCUGGCUGAUGGCCCCACAUCCACAUCCACAUGCCUGGAGCCACCAGAGGAGGUGCAGGGCGGGCCCGGUUCCCUAGCAGCACAGCCACCUCCAGGCCCAGCCGAGGAGCCAGAUCUGCAGAGCCUGGAGGCCAUGAUGGAGGUGGUGGUGGUCCAGCAGUUCAAGUGCAAGAUGUGCCAGUACCGGAGCAGCACCAAGGCCACACUGCUGCGCCACAUGCGGGAGCGGCACUUCCGCCCAGCAGCAGCAGCGGCAGCAGCAGCCAAUAAGAAAGGUCGUCUGCGAAAGUGGGGUGUCUCGGCCAAGACCCAGGAGGAGAACGGGCCCGAAGAGGAGGAUGACGACAUCAUAGAUGCCGGAGCUAUUGACGACCUAGAGGAGGACAGUGACUACAAUCCGGCUGAGGAUGAGCCCCGGGGCCGGCAACUACGGCCCCAGCGCCCUACUCCCAGUACCCCAAGACCCCGAAGGAGACCUGGCCGGCCCCGGAAGCUGGCUUGCCUAGAGACCUCAGACCUCACAGACGGUGUGGAAGGAGAGCCUCUGGUGAGUUCCCAGGAUGGACUGAGCCCCCUGGAGCCACAGGACCCCGAGGCACCCAGCUCCUCUGGCCCAGGACACCGGACAAUGUUGGGCAAGGCCAGGAGGGUCCCCGUGGAACCCACCGUGAGCCAGUCAGAUGCAGACAAUGCAGUCCCUUCCAGCCAGGAUGAGCCUGACGCCCCACCCCGCCGCCGCGGCCGGCCCUCCCGGCGCUUCCUCGGCAAGAAAUACCGCAAGUACUAUUACAAGUCACCCAAACCACUACUGAGGCCCUUCCUAUGCCGAAUCUGUGGCUCCCGCUUCCUGUCGCAUGAGGACCUGCGCUUCCAUGUCAACUCCCAUGAGGCCGGUGACCCCCAGCUCUUCAAGUGCCUACAGUGCAGCUACCGCUCCCGCCGCUGGUCCUCACUCAAGGAGCACAUGUUCAACCAUGUGGGCAGUAAACCCUACAAGUGUGAUGAGUGCAACUACACCAGCGUCUACCGGAAGGAUGUUAUCCGACAUGCAGCUGUGCACAGCCGGGACCGGAAGAAGAGGCCAGAUCCGACCCCGAAGCUGAGCUCUUUCCCCUGCCCUGUGUGUGGCCGUGUCUACCCCAUGCAGAAGAGGCUUACACAGCAUAUGAAGACCCACAGCACUGAGAAGCCCCACAUGUGUGACAAGUGCGGCAAGUCCUUUAAGAAGCGCUACACCUUCAAGAUGCACCUGCUCACGCACAUCCAGGCUGUUGCCAACCGCAGGUUCAAAUGUGAGUUCUGUGAGUUUGUCUGCGAGGACAAGAAGGCACUGCUGAACCACCAGCUGUCCCACGUCAGCGACAAGCCCUUCAAAUGCAGCUUCUGUCCCUACCGGACCUUCCGAGAGGACUUCCUGCUGUCCCACGUGGCUGUCAAGCACACAGGGGCCAAGCCCUUUGCCUGUGAAUACUGCCACUUCAGCACACGGCACAAGAAGAACCUGCGCCUGCACGUGCGCUGCCGCCACGCGAGCAGCUUUGAGGAGUGGGGGCGGCGCCACCCUGAGGAGCCCCCCUCCCGCCGCCGCCCCUUCUUCUCUCUGCAGCAGAUUGAGGAGCUGAAGCAGCAGCAUAGCUUAGCCCCCGGGCCACCCUCCAGCCCAUCAGGACCUCACGAGGUCUCUGCAGAGGCAACGCCUUUUCAGUCACCUGAGACCCCUCCACUGCUGUGUUCUGAUUCCCUGGGUGGCGCCACCAUCAUCUACCAGCAGGGAAUGGAGGAGUCGACCGCCAUGGCCACCCAGACGGCCUUGGAUCUGUUGCUGAACAUGAGCGCCCAGCGGGAGCUCGGGGGCACUGCCCUGCAGGUGGCUGUGGUGAAGUCUGAUGAUGUGGAACGAGAGUUAGCGCCCUCUGGUGGGCAGCCCUCCCCAUCAGGGGCCGCUCCACAGGUGGUUACCCUCCACGUGGCCGAGCCAGGGGGCACCAUGGCAGCCGAGAGCCAGCUGGGUCCGUCCGACCUACAGCAGAUCACCCUGGCGCCUGGGCCAUUUGGUGGGGCUGGCUACAGCGUCAUCACAGCACCCCCCAUGGAAGAGGGGACAUCAGCUCCUGGCACACCUUACAGUGAGGAGCCCCCUGGGGAGGCAGCCCAGGCUGUGGUGGUGAGCGAGGCCCUGAAGGAAGCUGGCACCCACUACAUCAUGGCAGCUGAUGGCACCCAACUGCACCACAUCGAGCUGACUGCUGAUGGCUCCAUCUCCUUCCCAAGUUCUGAAGCCCUGGCCUCAGGUGCCAAGUGGCCCAUGCUGCAGUGUGGGGGGCUGCCCAGAGAUGGGCCAGAGCCCCCCUCUUCAGCCAGGACCCACCGAGGCAGGGACCUGCAGGCCGCCCCCUCCCCACCUUUGGCAAAGAGCAAAGCCCUGGGCCUGGUAGUGCCUCCCUCUCCAUCGUCUUCAGCUGCUGUGACAUCAAAGAAGUUUUCCUGCAAGAUCUGUGCUGAGGCUUUCCCCGGCCGAGCCGAGAUGGAGAGUCACAAACGGGCCCACGCCGGGCCUAGUGCCUUCAAGUGCCCAGACUGCCCUUUUAGGGCCCGCCAGUGGCCUGAGGUCCGGGCCCACAUGAUUCAGCACUCAAGCCUGCGGCCCCACCAGUGCAGUCAGUGCAGCUUCGCCUCCAAGAACAAGAAGGAUCUGCGGCGGCACGUGCUGACCCACACCAACGAGAAGCCUUUUGAGUGCCACCUUUGUGGGCAGCGCUUCAACCGGAACGGGCACCUCAAGUUCCAUAUCCAGCGGCUGCACAGUCCUGACGGGAGGAAGUUGGGGGCUCCUCCAGCCCAGACCCCUACCCAGACCAUCAUCCUGAACAGCGAUGAGGAGACCCUGGCCACUCUGCACACGGCCUUCCAGUCCAGUCAUGGGGUCCUUGGACCAGAACGACUGCAGCAGGCCCUGGGCCAGGAACACAUUAUUGUGGCCCAGGAGCAGACAGUGACCAACCAGGAGGAAGCCACCUAUAUCCAGGAAAUCACUACAGCAGAUGGCCAGACAGUACAGCACCUGGUAACCUCCGACAACCAGGUACAGUACAUCAUCUCCCAGGAUGGAGUCCAGCACUUGCUCCCCCAGGAGUAUGUCGUCGUCCCUGAAGGACAUCAUAUCCAGCUACAGGAGGGCCAGAUCACACAUAUCCAGUAUGAACAAGGGACUCCGUUCCUUCAGGAUUCCCAGAUCCAGUAUGUGCCUGUGUCCCCGGACCAGCAGCUUGUCACACAGGCUCAGCUUGAGGCUGCAGCACACUCAGCUGUCACAGCGGUGGCUGACGCAGCCAUGGCCCAAGCCCAGGGCCUGUUCAGCUCGGAAGAGGCGGGGCAGGAGCACCUCCAGCAGCUGCAGCACCAGGGCAUCGAGUAUGACGUCAUCACCCUCACCGACGACUGA